AUGGCCGUGGUCGCGACUAUCAAGUGCGUUGUUGUCGGAGACGGUGCAGUGGGCAAAACAUGCCUUCUGAUCAGCUACACCACAAACAAGUUUCCAUCCGAAUACGUCCCUACCGUUUUCGACAACUAUGCUGUCACAGUCAUGAUCGGCGACGAACCCUAUACGCUUGGCCUCUUUGAUACCGCUGGUCAAGAAGAUUAUGACAGACUGCGACCGCUCUCCUAUCCCCAAACCGACGUCUUCCUCGUCUGCUUUAGCGUCACAUCCCCUGCAUCGUUCGAGAACGUCCGAUCCAAGUGGUUGCCUGAAGUCCACCAUCACUGCCCCGGAGUACCCUGUAUCAUCGUCGGCACACAAGUCGACCUGAGAGGAGACAAGAGUGUCAUAGAAAAGCUAGCCAAGCAGAGGAUGGAACCCGUUCAGGAGAAGGACGGCAAGAAGAUGGCUGACGAGCUGGGCCUCAAAUACGUCGAGUGCAGCGCACUCACGCAGUACAAGCUAAAGGACGUUUUUGACGAGGCCAUCGUGUCCGCUUUGGAACCGCCAAUGCCCAAAAAGAGGUCGCACAGAUGUCUACUUUUGUGA